UCAGAAGAAGCAUCGCAUCGUCUUCUCUCUCAGAGUAGCUUUCGUCGUCGAGCUCUUUCCCGCUUCUGGCGAUGUUCAUCCUCAGAGUUCAUUCCGUUGACUCCGAGCGACCAAUCUCCAUUGAAGAAGAAGAAUCAGGUUUCACCUACGCAUCGAAGAGAACUCAGCCUCCUCUUAAACUCAUACAACCAUCUCUCAAACUCACCGAACGCAAAGGCUUGAUCCAUCUCUACCGCAACUCUUCACAUAGCUCGCUACCUAACCCUAGCUCCCGAUCCACCACUCUCUUCAUCGUAGCUGUUCCCAAUUACAUGUCCUCUCUCGAUUUUAUCCGUUUCUUUGAUUCCCGCAUCUCCCAAGUCUCCGAUAUCCUCUUCAUCAGGAACGAUGGAAUGGAAGAUCGAUAUAGUGUUCUUAUCACGCUUAGUGAUCAAUCCGCAGCAGAUGGUUUCUACAAUUACCUGAAUGGGAAAACAUUUUCACCAUCUGAGGCUGAGGUUUGUCAUAUUCUCUAUGUAAUGUCGGUGGAGCACACGGAAUUUGAUGAGGUUGCUGCAGAAGCACCUGCUGGAUUUACCGAGUUACCUACUUGUCCAAUAUGUCUUGAGAGAUUAGAUCCUGAUACCAGUGGUAUAGUUAGCACUCUUUGUGAUCACUCCUUUCAGUGUUCUUGCACUUCAAAAUGGACUUAUCUAUCAUGUCAGGUUUGUCGAUUGUGUCAACAACAAGAUGAGAUACUAAGCUGUUCUAUUUGUGGAAAAACAGAGAAUGUAUGGGCAUGUCUUGUCUGUGGCUUCUUAGGUUGUGGAAGAUACAAGGAAGGGCAUUCUAUCAGGCACUGGAAAGAAACGCAUCACUGCUAUUCUCUUGAUUUGCGAACACAACAAAUCUGGGAUUAUGUUGGUGACAGCUAUGUUCAUCGGUUAAAUCAUUCAAAAAUUGAUGGAAAGUCAGUAGAAAUGAACACCCGUUGUCUGUCACACGACGGGGACUGUGGUCUCUGUGAGUGUAGUGAGGAUACAGGAAUUAGCGGAGCCAUCUUUAACAGCAAAGUUGAUUCAAUUGUAAUCGAGUAUAAUGACCUUCUUGCAAGUCAACUAAAGGGACAACGACAGUACUAUGAAUCUCUCAUUGUUGAGGCGAGAAGCAAGCAGGAAUGUAGUGUCGCCGAAGCAGUUGAGCAAACUGUUGUUAACAAAAUGCAGGAGCUUCAGAAUGAGAUUGAAAAAUGUGAAGAGGAAAAAAGUGGUAUCACUGAAGUGAAUAGAAAACUUAUAAAAGAGCAGGAAACUUGGCGGAAGAAAGCCAAAGAAAUAGAAGAGAGGGAAGCUGCAUUGCUAGGAUCAAAAGACGAGAUGAUAGCUGAUCUUCAAGAACAGAUAAGAGAUAUUACGGUCUUCAUUGAAGCGAAGAAAACCUUAAAGAAGAUGUCAUCAGAUUCAGAUGGUAUACGCGAAGGAACCGUUUUACCAGUGCCUAUCAACGCCGAGCCAGUUUCCUCAGUUAGAAGGCAGAAGAAGUCAAACCGGAGAAAGUAAAGAGCAGAUUUGUGAUGCUUAUAGAGAUCUACUUGGGUUUGAUGUGUAUAUUCAGUACUACUACGUUGAUCUAUAUCGGAUUAAGGUGCUGUUCCUUUUGAGUGUUCAGCAUCACAUGUUCUAUAGCCCAUAUUUCGUGUUUCACCCAUUAUUAUUAUAAAAGGGGCCUAAGAACAUAUCUUUUUAGGGCCCAAAAUAGAUAUAAAAGCACUAACGUCGCCGUUUCAUUGAUGCCAACUCUCUCUCACUGCACUUCUCUAGCGAUCUAGCUAGCUUCUCCGCUCGUGUUCACAGUCUAACCUGAUAAUGUCGAUCUCCGCUCAAAAUCCGGAUAUUUUCGGCGAUAGACAAUCCGGUCAAGAUGAUUGUACUCAGGAAGUGAUGGCUUGCCAAGAUGUUUCAAAUAUUGCUAAGACCUCACUCGGUCCCGUUGGACUCGACCUGAUGGGUGCGGAUGAUAUUGGUGACGUGACCAUUGAAACUGACGCUGCUACUAUUCUUAGGAUGUUGGAGGUCGAACAGCCAGCUGCCAGUGUAUUUGAUAGAAUAAGAAAUCAAGCGACAGCUUGGCAUGCUGCUGCUUCAAAAAAUUUUAAGACCUCACUUGGUCCCGUCGGACUCGAUCGGAUGCGUGCGGAUGAUAUUGGUGACGUGGCCAUUGAAACUGACGCUGCUGCUAUUCUUAGGUUGUUGGAGGUCGAACUCCCAACUGCCAAGAUGCUUUAUGACCUGCAGAUUCGUCAGGCAGAAGUUUUUAAAUCUAAUGACUGAGAUGCUUUAUUCUAUACUCAUUUGAUUUCGAGUGUUUGCAUUUUUACCAUUUAACGAGUCGUAGUAUGACCUGAUAAUAUUUAGUUAUUUAUAGCUAAUUGAGUAGCAAAAAAAA